AUGCAUUUUAUAUAUCUGACGGUCGUAUUGCUGGACACUUUCGCUGCAUUGUAACUGAAGUGAAAAAAAUCAUGGCAAUUAACCAAGUCCUAUGUUCUUCGUUACUCAUCGCUUUUAUGAUCGGAGCAACGAAUGCUCUGUCGUGCUACAGCUGCGACUAUGAUCCCUGGAAAGGCUUAGAUAACAAUCCAAGCACAUCCACCGGCCCAUAUGAUUGUAGUCUCGAUUUCAAUCCAAGCGGUGAUGGUGUCAGAACAGAGACGUGCGGGGAUGAUUCUGUAGGCUGUUAUUUAGCAGUGUUCACCAACGGGCAAACUCUAACAGGAACGCACAGGGGCUGUUCGUCCAACUAUGUCUGUCAGCAGGGGCGUCUACGCGACGACUACGCUGGGAUUGUAACCGACUUUUACUGUUGCAGAGGCACCAAUUGUAACGGCUCCACCGUAGUGAAAUACUCUAUCGGCCUUCUGCUCUCCGCCAUGCUGUAUUUCGUUAUGACUGCUCUAUAGGUUACACAUAAGUAAUUCAGAAUCACAUUCAAUCACAUGGGAAAUCAUUGUUCAUCAAAAUAAAAUCAUCAGAAAUCAAUCCCCUUAUAGAUCUCAUUUAAGUUCCCGGGACAUUUAUUAUAAAAGUGUAUAAUAAACAGUACAAUAAAACUACGUACUUUCAUCGGGUACAUAAGUUAAAUGGCUUGAAGCAAGACUUAACAUAAUUUUGGUAAGUUCGCGGCGAGAAAAACCAGAACUGCAUUGCCGAUGAUAGUAUGCAAAAAUACAGUCUAGCUUUUAUGAAGGCCCUAAUUAUGAAACAGUGAAUAUGUGACUUUGACAAGUGUGAAUCAUUUUCUAUAUAUUUUUUUGUAUUUGUGUUAUUCUUUUUAUCAAGAAUUUCAGGCUUUUGGGGACACAUUUUCUGUCAUUUAUUAAGUAUUUAUAUAGAUGACCUUAAUGUCGCAUAAAUUUCUUAUAUUUAAUGUGCAAAUGAAGUUUAUUUGUAUGUUUGUAAUUGGAAGUAUAUAAAGCAAUAAAUGAGGGUCUUUGCAUUAUCCUUCAAAUCAGUCAAUCAAUUUCAAAAUGAAAUAAAACCCGACCUUAUUCAGAAUGAUGAAGGCUUUGCAAUACAGGGUCAUCGAUAAUCUAAAUAGGAGGAAGAUCCUAAUCAAUAAUAAAUAAUAAUAAUAACACUAAUUUACACAGGGUAGCCACUCUCAGCUGUAAGCUGUUCUUCUAGCGGGCCCUGCAUAACAUAAUGUACUUAAUAAUCAAUAAGAAGCAUUGAUAUUGGUAGAUAGUGGUAGUUAAAUGAAAAAUAUACAUGUAUACAAUUUGUUCAACAGGUUUUUUGUUUGUGAGUAUCAGAGAAAUAUGUAAAAUAUUUGAGCAUAUCACAAGUAUAACUCCUACAAAAACAAUGUUAAUCGUACGUGGCAAGUAAUCAAAUCAAUAUUGAAUAAAACUAACAAAUCUACUGGUCCACCAGUUCCUUAAUCUGUGAUGGUGAAGUCUCUACCGACUCCCUCCAAAUUGCAAAUACGUUUAACAAUUUCUUCGUUAAAAUAGGCCCAAAGUUAGCCAAUCUUUCUCCAAAUGUAAUAUAGAUUUUAGAACAUACGUACCUGAACCGAAUCUCUAAGUCUUUGUUUUUGUCUUCUGUAAGUCAACAUGAUAUUUGUUAUUUUGUAAUGCGUUUUGACAAUAACAAGGUUCCUGGUUUGGAUGAAUGUUCUAAAAUUAUUAAAUUAGUUAUCAAAUCAAUCAGUCACCAUUUUGUCAAAUAUGCAACGUAUCACUUAAUACUGAAGUAUUUCAAGAACAACUUAAAAUAGCCAAAAUUACACCGGUGUUUAAAAAUGGGGAGAAAAGGAGGACAGUAAUCAUAGACCCAUCUCAGUUCUUUCGUUUUUUUUUAUUACAUUAGAGGGAUUUAUGCAAGAGCCUAUAAUUUUAUUGAAAACCGUAAAUGUUUUUUAAUCACAACAUGGUUUCCGUAUCAACUAUUCUACUAAAAGGGCUCUGCUUGAAUUAACAAAAAAAAAAUAGUUGAAUCUUUUGAACAUGACUCCUUUGCAAUUGCAAUAUUUAUAGAUUUGUCAAAGGCUUUUGACACUAUUGAUCAUACCAUAUUAUCAUCUAAGCUAAUUAAUUAUGUCGUUCGUGGAAUUUCACAUGACCUUUUUUGUUUGUUAUCACCUUUCCAAUCGUCAACAAUGCACAGUAUGUAAUAAUGUUCAGUCGGACUAUAAAUGUGGGGUGGCCCAAGGGUCAUUACUAGGCUCCCUUCUUAUUUUUGUUCAUUUUUUGUUUAUCCUUUAUCAAAGAUCCUUUCUUUUAUCAUAUAUGCUGAGGAUACAAUCAUUCUUUACUCAACUGGAAAUCUUGAUCAAUAUUGCGAAAUUAGUAUACAAAAAACAAUUAUAAUGGUUUAACGCAAAUAAACUUACAAUUAAUUUUGAAAAAUGUAACUAUAUGAUAUUUCGAAACUCCGCAGGGCAUAUUGUCUUUCAUCAUGUACAGGUUAAACUGAAAGAUAGCAUUAUUUCCAGAGUUGAUAU